AAAAAAAAAAAAAGCAGAGCAAAUUCUAAAAAAAUGGGAGCUCUCUCCAAAUUCUUCUUCUCACCAAUUUACAGACUCAUUUCAAUUUACUUCUCCAAAGUUCUUCCCGAAACCAUCAGAUUCAUGGUACUCUCUGUUUUCGUGCUGUACACUUUCUACAAACGCCGGAGCUCCCGGAACGAUUUCGUGGCCGUGAUAAACCAGAACAGCUCCUGUUUUGUCUACAAGAAAACCAAACCCCCGCCGCCGUCGGAUUCAUCGCCGGAAUGUUCAAUUUGUUUGUCGGAAUAUGCUGACGGAGAUAAGGCGAGGCAACUGAGAUGCAACCAUGUGUUCCACAACAAAUGCCUGGAUAAAUGGUUGCAGGCCGGAAGUCAUGCGACGUGCCCGCUAUGCCGGAAUUUAGUUGUGCCGGCGGAAGUUGCGUCGGAGCACCGGAGAUGCCUGGAUGAGCAUCAAUUGUUGAAGAACAGCGUGGAGGAGGAAUUAGCGCUUAUGCUUUUGCCCACCAUGAAUGUUUGGAGCUACCAUAAUUCUGGGUUCUUCUGAUUCAUUCAAGUUUUCGAUUAUAGAAUUGAUGAUUCUUUUUUUUUUUUUUUGGGUAAUUCUUUAGCAAAUUAGACAGAACAAGAAAAAAUGAUGAUUUUUUUUGCAGACUUGAAAAACAGAGCAUCAGCAAUUUUUAUUAGAUACUAAGACACAAAAAAAAUAUAUUCUUUUCUUCGGUCGGAGUUUAAAUCUCGGUGACCGGAAUCAGUCGGCGUUUUAUACUUUUAUUUUAAGAAUCUAGAUCAUAAAAGGAAACGGCCGGGGGGGUCCAAUUCUGCUGUAUAGAUUGAUUCCACGAUUGGAUUUCUUGGAAUUAUUUUAGCUAUAAUUUAUUUGAAGUGUUUUACUUUACUCGCUUUUCUUCUUUUUUUUUUUGAUAAACAACUUUAAUCGCUUUUACAAUCUUAUAAUUAUGAAAUAUCCCCUUCACUUUUCAAUAUUUUCUUUCACUCCUCUUCUGAUCAUGUUAUUAUAAGGGAACAAUCACCCGAUUUUUCAUGAUUUUGCUUUUAUCUUCAUUCACGUUGCAUAUAAACUGGCAUGCAAAGUGAAUUACUUCCUCUAUGAAAUAAGAAUAACAUUUAUUUAAUUUAAACUCUAUAUCAAGAUUAGGAGAAUGUCUAAUUUCGUGAAAGAAAAAAGUUCCCAUUUAAUGUCAAUGACACCAAAUAUCAUCACCUAAGAGAUUCUAGUGAAAGAAAAAGAUAAGAAUAUUCAGCAACUAUUAC